AUGCUAAGAGCCCUUCAAGGAGGACCUUGGUUUGUUAAUGGCUCCUACUUAUCCUUACAGAGAUGGUCCCCAAACUUUGUUGCCACUGAAGCCAGACCUCACAUCACAACAGUCUGGAUUCGUCUACCUAACCUACCCACGGAGUUCUAUGAUGGGCUUGUCCUUCAGAAGAUUGGUAACAAAAUUGAGAAACUAGUGAAGAUCGAUGCCUGUACAUCUGCAACUAUCAGAGGCAGAUAUGACAGACUCUGCCUAGAAGUCCCGAUGGACUCCCCAGUUAGGUCCUACAUCUACAUUGGCAAGCAUAGACAAUUAAUUCAAUAUGAAGGGGAGUACUUUCUAUGUAAGAAUUGCGGCAGACUUGGCCAAACCAAAACCAGUUGUCCAUAUGCAAAAAUCAAUUCUAACACUCCUUUAUCAAUGGAGAACUCCACCAUGCAAGCAGACCCACCUACACCUACGUCUAACGAGAUCGAAGAAGAAUGGCACACAGUCUCCUUCUCCAGAAGGAAACCCUCCCCCCCCCCCCCACGACAAAUAUUUCCUCCAGCUCUUGAUGAAACAGGAAUUAAAGUUAGGAUUUUUUAUGCAGAUACAGGUAAGUUCUUAAAUACUCAAAAUCUUAAAUAUUUUAAUAAAGUUGUCUCCGGGAAAAUUGGCCCCAACAAGCAUCGUUUGCACUCCCACAAGACUGGCCCUAACCUCAAAAUCCACGGAAAUACGAACCAAUUUGCAGCCCUGCAAAUCCUGCCCACUGAUACUGCAAAAACGACCUCUAGAAUAGGAAAAGAUUCCGAGGAUGACCAAUGCAUGGAGGCUGACUUAGAGCCACUUUCCAAUAGUAAUUGCCACGUGGCAUCCCCUCUGCUCUCUCCUUACCUAUCUCACUUACAAAUAAAACACGCUUAA